GCGACUGUCAUCUUUGGAACACACUUCUCAAACUGUGAGAGAACGUACCAGUCCCAGACUAUCUUUAAAACAACUUCUGAGGAUGGAUAGAACGAUGCCGACUCACAGCAAAUAGUGUUCCUGUAUUUUGAGCGCUGCUCCGGUUCAAGUUACGGAAGACGAUAACAUUGACUAGGCUAAUUCGUGGCAGGCUCGAAUUCAUUAGCUAGCCAGCCAGCAAUGCUAGCAUAAUUGGUUACAAUGUAUUGUUUGGAAUUUGCAAACUUUUAGACCGCAGCGACUUUAUACAACGGGAUUAAAGCCAGUGGUGUUUUGUGGGCUAUUUUUAUAGUGCAGCAGGCCGAGUAACGUGUCAUCAGGAUUUAACCGGCGGGCUGACUGGGGAGAGAGAAGUGUGUGAACUCAGGUUAUGUCCACCAUGGUGUACCCACGCAGCGAUGAGGCCCUGGAGCGCCUGACCCAGGAUGAGAUCGUGCUCAACACAAAGACUGUGAUGCAGGGCUUGGAGACACUCAGAGGGGAGCAUGCCCAGCUCCUCACGUCCCUGCUGGACUGCACCCAGCCACCUGCUGCCCAGGAGAAGUCAGGCCUGCUGCGGAAGAGCCUGGAGGCCAUAGAAUUAGGCCUGGGAGAGGCACAGGUGAUCAUUGCCCUGUCGGGUCACCUGAGUGCUGUGGAGUCAGAGAAACAGAAGCUAAGAGCCCAGGUCAGACGACUGUGUCAGGAGAACCAGUGGUUAAGAGAUGAGCUGGCAGGAACACAGCACAAGCUGCAGCGUAGUGAGCAGAGUGUUGCCCAGCUGGAGGAGGAGAAGAAGCACCUAGAGUUCAUGAACCAGAUCAAGAAGUUUGACGACGACGUGUCACAGUCUGAGGAGAAGGCUGCAGGGGAGACGUCUAAAGACAGCCUGGACGACCUGUUCCCCAACGAUGACGACCAGGGACAGGCCCAGCCCAGCGGAGAGGUGGCGGCCCAGCAGGGUGGCUAUGAGAUCCCAGCCCGCCUGAGGACCCUCCACAACCUGGUGAUCCAGUACGCCUCCCAGGGGAGGUACGAGGUGGCCGUGCCCCUCUGCAAACAGGCCCUGGAGGACCUGGAGAAGACCUCCGGACACGACCACCCUGACGUGGCCACCAUGCUCAACAUCCUGGCCCUGGUCUACAGGGACCAGAACAAGUACAAAGAGGCAGCCCACCUGCUGAACGAUGCCCUGGCCAUCAGAGAGAAGACCCUGGGGAAGGACCACCCUGCGGUAGCCGCCACUCUCAACAACCUGGCUGUGCUCUACGGGAAGAGGGGCAAGUACAAGGAGGCUGAGCCCCUCUGUAAGAGAGCCCUGGAGAUCAGAGAGAAGGUCCUGGGGAAGUACCACCCUGAUGUGGCCAAGCAGCUGAACAACCUGGCCCUGCUGUGUCAGAACCAGGGAAAGUACGAGGAGGUGGAGUAUUAUUACAGACAAGCCCUGGAGAUCUACCAGUCCAAACUGGGGGCUGACGACCCCAACGUAGCCAAGACCAAGAACAACCUGGCUACAUGCUACCUCAAACAGGGGAAGUUCAAGGAUGCUGAGUCCCUGUACAAAGAGAUCCUAACCAGAGCACAUGAGAAGGAGUUUGGAUCAGUCAACAAUGACAACAAGCCAAUCUGGAUGCAUGCGGAGGAGAGAGAGGAGAGCAAGGGGAAGAGGAAGGAAGCUAGUCCCUGUGUAGAGUAUGGGAGCUGGUACAAGGCCUGCAAAGUUGACAGUCCUACUGUCAAUACCACCCUGAAGAGCCUGGGGGCGCUGUACCGCAGGCAGGGUAAAUUACAGGCAGCUGAGACACUGGAGGAGUGUUCUACCAAGACACGCAAGCAGGGUAUAGAUGCCAUUAACCAGAGUAAGGUGGUGGAGCUCCUGAAGGAUGGGGCCCCAGGAGGGGGUGAGCGACGGCAGAGCCGGGAGGGUCUCAACGGGCCCCAGCGGGGGGACUGUGAGGGGGACGACGGAGCAGAGUGGAACGGGGAAGGUAACGGUUCGUUGCGUCGGAGCGGCUCCUUUGGGAAGAUCCGUGAAGCGCUACGUAGGAGCAGUGAGAUGCUGGUGAAGAAACUACAGGGCAGUGGCCCCCAGGAGCCCCGCAACCCAGGUAUGAAGAGAGCCAGCUCCCUCAACUUCCUCAACAAGAGUGCAGAAGACCCCUCACAGGACGCCAACACCGGCCUAUCAGAAUGCAGAGGACUGAGUGCCAGCAAUGUGGACUUGUCAAGACGCAGCUCCCUGAUUGGUUAAACAGAGACAGGAGGCGGGACCAGGAGGAGAAAGGUCCAAUGACGGGACCAGGAGGAGGAAAGCCCAAUGAGGAGAGGCAGUUUGCCGCCCAAAGCGAUCAAAACACACUUCAGAUCCAACACUCACAUUCAAGACAUUUUCUAAAGAAACAAGAAAAAGCAUUGCAAAAAAAAACUGACUUGACGCUUUUAGUGACUCAGACGUCUCUGUGUCUGCGUCACUGUAUACUUCGCUUGCAUCUAUCAAACAAGUAGAGAAAAUCAUAUUUAAACGGCAUGCUGCUUACUAGAAGGUGGAAUGUUUGCACUAGACACUCAUCAUGGUGAGUCUGAGGCAUAGCAUCAUGACAGAAUCCAUAUUGUUAUUGCAGUGUGACAAAUUUGUAUCUUAACCCGCACACUCUCAUGCAGACACUCAACCUUAGGUAGGCUAGUUCUAUUCUGAUUUCUAUCUUAACCCGCACACUCUCAUGCAGACACUCAACCUUAGGUAGGCUAGUUCUAUUCUGAUUUCUAUCUUAACCCGCACACUCUCAUGCAGACACUCAACCUUAGGUAGGCUAGUUCUAUUCUGAUUUCUAUCUUAACCCGCACACUCUCAUGCAGACACUCAACCUUAGGUAGGCUAGUUCUAUUCUGAUUUCUUUCUUAGAGAAGUGUAACCGACGUCAUUGUGCCGCUAACGGUUUAGCUUCCUCCACCGGCCCUGUCUCCAUCCCGGGCUCGAACCAGUGAUCCUCGUGAUCCACGUGACCGCCCUCCAUGACAACGUGUGAACACGAUUGAGCUAUACAAAAGGUACCAAUUGGUUAGCUCCAUCGGCAACAUUUCAAGCUAGCUGCGGAGCAUUAUGGUACAUUCUUAACUCUGUUACAGAAGCAUCACACUCAGCUCACUAGUGGCGUGAUUACUGAAAAUGUUAACAACACAUUCAAUGGAAAUCACAGUGCUAGAGCCAUAUAAAUCAUACGUUUUUAAGACGAGGUAUGACCUACAGCUGUUAGAAACUUCAGCGAGGUAAAAGACAGAUGGUACACAAUCUUUUUGGGAUGUCAAAUAAAUCGGCGUAUUUAAACAUCAUCUGGGAGAAAAAAUUGGCACUGACCAGUUUAACCUCUCCUUUUUGCCGUCUGAAUGGUUAUGUAUAUACAGGUUUAAGUUAUUUUCUAUUUCUUUCUUUGUAUAUAGCGCACAGACAGGUUCUUGUUUAAACUGGUUAGAGGUUAGGAGAACCUCUGAAUUGGAGACAGACGCUGGAAGAGGACAGUCAGAAAAGAAUGGAGAGAGAAACAGGGAAUAUAGACUAUAGAAGAGAGAAACGGGGAGAUUAUCGGCACUUAAUGGGUGUCCUAACUUCUAGUCCAAUUUUCACUUAGUCUCCCACUGACAUGAAGUGAAAAUUUGACAAAAUGGAGGUUAGAAUUUCCCCCUGAAUCUAUAGCCUGAUCUGGUCAGAUAUGUUUGUGCUCUAAUCAACUACUGUUCCGUUCGUUGCCUUGUCAGACAAUUAUGAACGUGACAGAGAAGAGUUGGCUAAAGGUCAAACAUAUCAGAGACCAGGUUCGUAUUCGUUAGGCACUAAACAGAAGAAAACGGACUGAAACAGGGAGGAACUACCUUGAUUUUUACAAUAAGAAACUCGUUUUAAUUUUCUGUUGCAAAAACGUUUCGUACGGUGUGCACUAAUGAAUGGCGAGACCAGGCUAACUUAGUUAAUCUCAGACCUGGGGAAUAUACUGGAAAUGCUGACGUGACAAGCAGUACCAGUGUAUGUCAGUCAGUGUGCAAGUUAGCAAGGCGCGGUACAAAUGCCUGUUUAGCUCCACCACUGAAGGCCCAUUUCUCUUACGUGAUCCGGUGGUGUUGGUUCUGAAAAACACAUUAUUAGCCUGACUGAUGCUGUGGAGGUGAAUGUGCUCCUAUGUUGAGCGUUGGUUUUAGCAAAUGCAUGGUCACAUGUCUACCACAGCACAACGUUUCUCCCCCAGUCAAAUACUAUUAGAUCUCUACAUAGUUGUAAUGCCCUCGUAUUAGUUAAGAUGGUACAAUACAGUGCAUCUGUUUCUGUAAGAGGUAAGCAUUAGGCAUCCCGUAUGUACCGUAUCAUGGUUAUCUGUCCUUGGUUGGCCUUCACUGAAUAAUGAGAGCAUGGUAUGUCCUUAUCUUUUUAUAUAAAACAAUGAUCCUUUAUUAUAACGUGAUGUUGUUUGGAAAGAAUCCGAUUGGUUUACAGAACUUCUCUGAUCUAACCAAUGACAGUCCUUCACCAAAUGUUCUCAUCAUUUAUGUCUUAUUCUUGUGUGUGAUUGGCUCCAACCUCAAGUGACGAUGUGCGGGGUAUUGUUGUUGAACUCUGAAUGAUGAUUUGAAUGUUGGGUUUUACUUUGAUGAGAGGUGGGGAGGGAAGAGGUUGACUGUGUACUGUGUUGGCUCUUUUAAGUGUCUGGUUUGUGAGUUAGGAGUCCCAAGACUGAUAGCAAGAGACUUGGCCAACAGAAUGUAUAUGUCUUUGAGAAGGAGAGUGGUCCUAAUGAGUUUCACCUCCUGAUUGUGUUGCUAGUGCAAUGUAAGGUGGGGAUGGGAUGGAUUAUUGAUUUUUACUGGGGAAACGGAUGGAACGAAAGCUUAAGUAUGUGACAAAUGCAGGCUAGAAGGGCUGAGGAGGAGAACACUGAUGAUGAAUGAUAACGGGGGAAAUAGAAAUAUGAAGUGCUGUUCGCUGAGAAAAGCGAGAGAUUCAGUGAUUGAAAAGAAAGGGAAAACAGAUCAUUGGAGAGAGGAAUAUGGAAAAGUGCUUUAAGUUUCAUUGCAGGAAAUAAUGUACAGAAUUGUCGGUCUCUGUCACACUCAACAUGUGCAAGCACCCAUGUUGUCUAGCUAUGUAAAAGUCUGUUGAAACACUGGACUGUAGUCUGUAGAUCUCUGUAGAUGCAGUAUUUACACACCAACAAAUGUUUCAAAGAACACACCUAAACAGUGCUCCUCCUACAAAUGUAUACCACAUGUUCAUGUAGAAGUAAGAACACCCUCCUCACCAUCUGUCAAUCAGUGUGUCACUAUGGAAACUAGAAUGUAGCCAUGGAGGUAGGAGGGGGGAUCUCAUUGUUAGUGGCCAACAACCUUGUGUAUAUUUUAUUAAAGGUUCAAUAAAGGAAAAACUCCACUUUUCAAACUGAUCCUGA